UCUAGGCUAGCUUGUUUGAACGCUAGCCGUGUGGUACGUCGAAGAGGAAACAGAUCACCGACGCGCAGAGUGAGCUAAGCUAGUUAAUUCGGGUGCUUCCAAUUCCAUCAUGACUUUGAGGGCGGAAUAAUGUUGCCUCCAGUUUAGUCAUGCGCCCAUACUGGAGUGCCCGGUACUACAUAUGCACAGCUGUAGCUGCGAAGUUCUUAAAGGAUUGCUGCCCUCUUUAUUAUAAGAAUAAUAAAAUGCUAUUUUUUUAUUUUUUUUGCAAAGGUAUUCCGUUUUAGCAAAUUGUGCACAACUCUUUUUUUAGAGUGCGACUCUUUUUUUUCUGACCAACAACUCUUUUUUGUUAGAACAGUGCACAGCUCUUAAGAAUUAAAGGAAUGAUUAAUAUAGGUUGGCCCUUGAAGAUCUUUUUUUUAAUCGAUGAAGAACUUUCUUUGAGGACCUGAAAACUUUCAAGACGCUGAACCGGCCCAAAUAAAGCCUGUUGGUUCGCUUCAUUAGGCCUGGCCCAAUAUGCAUUUCUGAAAGUUGGUGACCCAUUCCGUGUAGUCUGGAGCAUUGGGAGAAAAUCCGUGUGGGUCACCGCCUGCGCGUGGAUACAAACGUUUCUAUGAAGAAAUAAAAAACGCGUGGAUACAAACUCCGGUGCAGCUUACGGAUCAGCAAACGCGCGUUGCUGAUUCGAAACUAAGAAACGGAGGAGACAACCGCACAUCGCUCGACCUUAUAAUUCAUGGCCGGUCAUUCUAUUUGCAGCACAUCAGUCACAGCUCGCAAGAAUUCCAAGUACAGUAUCCAACAUGUCCCGGCCAUUCCCUCCAUUGUUCGUCCCACUGGUCCUGCUGCUGCUAACAUCGACCUCGUCGCCGGCCACCGCCGCGGCAGAGAUCGCGGAGGCGCCGUCCGCCGUUGGCUGCAGCGGCAGCGCGGAGGCAGCGUCGCGGGUGGUGGCGGAGAGCUGCACGGACGACAUCGUCAGGUCCUUCUUCGGCGUGCGCGGCAGCGACGCCUGCUGCCGCGCGCUGGAGACGGCCGGCGCCGGGUGCUACCGCGCGGUGUUCUCCAGCUCCCCGUUCGCCGAUAUCUACCCGACCAUCCUCGGUAACGUCUGCGGCCUCGCCGUGGCUCCCAGCCCCGGGGAACGAUCGUACUACUAGUCUCCAGUUGUAACCGAAGUUGACGAAACGAGAUUUUAUUUUAAGAUCGUCUGAAAUAAAAUCGGCUACGUGGUACAUAGUUCAGUUCAGUUCCUAAAAAACGGGUUAAUAAUAUGAUCAAAUUCGGCGCACAUGUUUAUCUAAGCCAUGUACGCAGCACAAAGUUCAAUUCAGUUCCUUAAAAAAAUUCAAUCGGAGUACGUAUGUAAUAAGUAAGACGUAUAAAAUAGACAUCUCCUCCAUCGCACGAGUCGCGGUCGCUGACUCACCGCAAUCGUACUUUUCCUACGUGAAAAUGACAGCGUUAUCGUCACGGAGAAAAAGAACGGGAAGACGCAGCGCCAGCACAAAAGCGUGGCAAAGACACAUCCACUUCGGAUCGGCCACUGUCUAAUGUCUGCUCCUUCUCUCGCCACAGCCUGCUCUUAAAGGGAAGGGCGUAGUUUCCAUCGACAAAAAGGGAAGGAAAAGAAGAAGAAAAAAUCCUAGCUGAGGCUGAAGGUGAAAUAUAGGACUAUAGGAAUAUGAUCUAAAUCCUUAGUUACUGCUAUGAAACUGACCGGUGGAUAAUGGAUCGAGGAAUAUAAAGAGAAGGGGCGAA